AUGUCGGAAUAUUACUGGGGUUAUGCUGCUGCUGCCAAUGCCCAUUUAAUCAACCCAUUCGAGGAGAAAAAAAGCACGACAAACCCUCCUCGUCUGCAAUCCCCGCGAGAGGUGGGAGAGCAGGCGGACUUGGAAGACGCCGACCAAGCACCGCCCCCACCACCACAACCACCACCACCACAACCACCACCACCACCAGCACGGCCGCCAGCCCGCUCCAACUCGACGUCGCGGGCCUUCGGGCGGCCGCGUUUUCGGGCCCACACAAGGACUACCUCGACUGAUAGCGGCAGCAGUUCUAGCAGAGGAGCAGGCUACCGUUCGUCCCACGAUACCCCUCUGCCCUCCUCCGCUGUCGCUACUGCCGCUGCCUCUUCUGCUGCCAGGAAGGACAGCAGCGACAGGGAGCGCGAGGAGCACAAAGACCUCAAGGAGCGCAAGGAACACAAGGACCUCAGAAGCCGCUGGCACCACCGCUGGGCGAGCACCUCGGCCACCAAAGACGCUGCCAGCUCGGCGUCUCCGUCAACACCGUCGUCACCCUUGCACUUGCCGCACAACAACCCACAGACGCCGCGCUUUUCGGCUCCCUGGUUUGUCACAGGCAGCUCGCCUGUCUCGGCUCCCGCAUCGACAGCACCGCCAAACUCUGCCUCUGGGCUAGCGCCGACGAGGCACAGAUUUCUGCAUAAGCUCUCUCCCAUCACAAGUCCCGCAGCACCCGUCUCCCUCACAUCUGAACAUCCCUCGCUGCGGCAUCAGGUGCCAUCGAGACCAUCGUCUCCUCACGGCCGACACCACGAGCAGCAGCCGCCAGCCGUCCCCCAAGGCGGGACAGCGCACCCGGCCGAGAGUGCCCCAGCCUACUCCAAGCCACAGCGCUUCUUCUCUGCGUCGACGCCGGCUCCCACUGACGAGCACCUUGAGCUCGCGGGCAGUCCGCGGUCAAGCGUCGCGGCAGCAAUUGCCGGUCUCGCCGCUGUUUCCGGGGCCUCAAUCCCUCGGUCGGUGACGUCACCCUCUAGGGCUUCGUUCUCCCAGCGGAUUACGCAGCACCUGGCCGAUAGAAGGCACAACCAGCAAAGCAACGGGCCGCAGGUGCCGCUGCCAAGCCUUCCACAGACUCAGUCGCAGCAGCGGCAGCACCAUGCGUCGGUGCUGCGCGAGUCCCCGGCUAUUCAAAAGACUACCGUUCCGUUUGCUCGCGUCGAGAGCAACUCUAGCAGCUCCGGCUUCACCGUUUCGAGCGCCCGAACCAUGAUGUCCGCCACCGACCCCCCACCCACCGCGGAUGGCCUGCCGUAUAGGCCCGUCACCUACUCGACGGCAAGGCCCAGUAACCCAAGGGGGAGGUCGCACUUUGUCACGCGUAAUGGCCGCACCUACCUUGCCGACCCGACGCUGGACUACCCGCUGCCCGUCGAUCUCCCCGAGUUGCACCGCUGCUCCAUGAAGACGCUGAUGCUUUUCCAGCUCUUUGGGGGCCCCAUAUGCUCCCCAUUGUUUCAGGAACGUCCGCCCGCCCGCGUCCUCGAUCUGGCAUGCGGGUCCGGCUUUUGGAGCAUGAUGUGCCACCGGUACUGGACCAAGAAGGGUCACCCAAACAUCCAGUUCACUGGCGUCGAUAUCGCGCCCAUCGCCGGCGCCAGCGGCUGGGGCUUCGAUGAUCCCGCCCCCUCGGCCUCGUCGGCAUCAUCCAUGUCGGACGGCGCCGUCCCCGCGGCGUCCUUGCGCCCGCCGGACAAGGACAUGAAGUGGCGGUUCAUACAGCAUGACAUCCGCCGGUUCCCCUGGCCCUUCAACGACUGCGAGUUCGACUUUGUCAUGAUGCAGAGCACAUCCACAGUUGCGCCAUUUCACAUGGCUGAGUCAUUUACCAGCGAGAUCUUGCGGGUCCUCCGCCCGGGCGGCACCCUCGAGAUUUGGGAGUCGGAUUUCACCAUUCGCAUGCUGAGACCACAUGUACCAACCGUCUCGGCUGCAGUCCCCGGCGGGUGGUCGUCGGCGGCGGCAGCCGCCGCGGCGACGACGGCAGGCAACGUGGGCCCCGACUCGGACGAAGACUCGGACGAAGACGACUCUUCGAGCAACGACGACUCUGGCUCGGACCAGGAGCCGAGCGAGGGGAACAAGGAAGCGAGCCGUAUGGGUGCCUACAUCAUCACGUCCAACACGCCCAUGUCGAGCCCGCUCAAUAACUUCCUAGUCGAGUAUAACAGCUGGGUAACCAAGGCGCUCGCGUCCUGCCAGCUUAGCCCCGUCCCAUGCACCAACGUCAACUACGUUCUAUUGGCCGAGGAACAGCUGACGGGCGUCGGAUCCCGUCGUAUGGCCGUGCCGCUAUCCGAGGUCAAGUGGGAGCGCGAAGGGGUCGGCGGUGUCGUCACAAAGGGCGACGGCAAGAGCUACGUGUCGACGACGGCCAAGGCGGGCAAAGGGGGUGAGGAGGCGGGAGGAGGGGAGGGGAGCGGCAGCGGCAGCGUCGGCGCCAGCAGCGGCCGCAAGAGGAGGGGGCUGUCCCCGAACCAGGCGGCGCUCCGGCGGACGGCGCUCGAGACGGUUGUGCAGCUCAUCCAGAGCCUCGAGCCGGUCUUGAGGGAGGCCAGUGGCAAGUCGCAGGACGAGUGGGACACGUGGCAGGGCAAGAUGCAAAACAAUCUCCUGUUGGAGGGCGGGACCUCGUGGGGCGAGUGCCUUGAGGUCGGGGCGUGGUACGCGAGGAAGAAGUAG